AUGUCUUAUCUCGGCCCAUUCCACAUUCUCAGCUACGGCACCCUCCUCGGCGCUCAGAUCUACCAAUCCUUCAUCGGCGGCACAACAGCCUACAAAGCCCUUCCCCGUCCCCAAUUCUCGGCCUUACAAAACAAACUCUUCCCCAUCUACUUCUCAUUACAAAGCGCACUCCCGCUCGCCCUCGCGCUCACAUUCCCCGGCAAAUUCGGCACGAGCGAUUUAUCGAGUGUCUAUGGCGUACUUGCGGACGAAAAUCGAUAUGCCGUGCUAUUGCCUUUGGUGAGCGUUUCGGUAGCUGGGUUGAUUAAUAUGUUUUAUUUGACGCCGAAGGUUGGGAGGGUUAUUAAGGAGAGGUUUCAGCAGGAAUCUAUUGAUGGGAAGAAGGCCUAUGAUUCCCCGCCGCAUUCACAGAAGAUGACCGAGUUGAACAAGAGGUUUGGCAAGUUGCAUGGGUUGUCGAGUUUGUUGAAUAUGGGAGCUCUGAUUGCGACGAUUGCGUAUGGGGUCUAUUUGGGAGGGAGGUUACACUAA